CCUGAGGGAGGCAUGCUGGAGUUGACUUGGCGCUGCCACCAACUGCUUCCGGAUCGCGACGAGUGUCGCUUCCGGAGCAGCAUGGCGGCCACGGAGGACGAGAGGCUGGCGGGGAGCGGAGAUGGAGAGCGCCUGGACUUCCUGCGGGACCGGCACGUGCGGUUCUUCCAGCGCUGCCUCCAAGUCCUGCCGGAGCGCUAUUCUUCGCUGGAGACCAGCAGGUUGACAAUUGCAUUCUUUGCACUCUCGGGGCUGGAUAUGUUGGAUUCCUUAGAUGUGGUGAACAAAGAUGAUAUAAUAGAGUGGAUUUAUUCCUUGCAGGUCCUUCCCACAGAAGACAGAUCAAAUCUAAAUCGCUGUGGUUUCCGAGGCUCUUCAUAUCUGGGCAUUCCAUUCAAUCCAUCAAAGAAUCCUGGAACAGCUCAUCCUUAUGAUAGUGGACACAUAGCGAUGACCUACACUGGCCUUUCAUGCUUAAUUAUUCUUGGAGAUGACUUAAGCCGAGUAGAUAAAGAAGCUUGCUUAGCAGGCUUGAGAGCACUUCAGCUUGAAGAUGGGAGUUUUUGUGCUGUUCCUGAAGGCAGUGAGAAUGACAUGAGGUUCGUGUACUGUGCCUCCUGUAUUUGCUAUAUGCUCAACAACUGGUCAGGCAUGGAUAUGAAGAAAGCCAUCAGCUACAUCAGAAGAAGUAUGUCCUAUGACAAUGGGCUGGCACAGGGAGCAGGACUUGAAUCUCAUGGAGGAUCCACCUUUUGUGGCAUUGCAUCACUGUGCCUGAUGGGUAAACUGGAAGAAGUAUUUUCAGAAAAAGAGCUCAACAGGAUAAAGAGGUGGUGUAUAAUGAGGCAGCAGAAUGGAUACCAUGGAAGGCCUAAUAAGCCUGUGGACACCUGUUACUCAUUCUGGGUGGGAGCAACUCUAAAGCUUCUGAAAAUUUUCCAGUACACUAACUUUGAGAAGAACAGGAAUUACAUCUUAUCAACUCAGGAUCGCCUUGUGGGGGGAUUUGCCAAAUGGCCAGACAGUCAUCCAGAUGCUUUGCACGCAUACUUCGGGAUCUGCGGCCUGUCUCUAAUGGAGGAGAGUGGGAUCUGUAAGGUUCAUCCUGCUCUGAAUGUAAGCACACGGACUUCUGAGCGCCUCCGAGAUCUUCAUCAAAGCUGGAAGACCAAGGACUCUGAAGAGUGCCCGGAGAGUGUCCACAUUUCCACUUGAGUGACCCUGGGGAUGAAUGGGCUUGUAGCAUAACUGUAGCUCAAGGUUAAAAGCCAUGUGUAACCAAGUGUGCUCUUUUCUAAGGAGUAGUCUUAAGUCAAAGCUUGUACUGCUAACACUGCAGGAUGUGGUCUUGAGCCUUGACCACUGUACUGGAUUUCACGAAAAUUCUUGUUGAAGUUUGGACCUCAGCAGGACUCUGUUGUGGUUCUUAAAUGUUUAUACUAUGUUUUUGAGAAGUUUCUUGGGGCAGAUUUACUAUAUAUAUGUAGGUCAUAUUCUUAAAACUCUUCAGUACAAGUUCUGGCUUACAAAAUGGACAUAAAUAUUCAAGUUUACACUUCAUGUGGCAUUGAUAAUCUUCAGGUGAGCAUUUAGUGAUCACUUAAAAAUCUCUACUGCUGAUGGUAAGAUUUGCUUUAUUGAAUUAAGUAUCUGGGAUUAUUCUUUAAAAAUAGAUGGUCUCAAUUUUCUUCAAGAAUAACAUUUUGUGUUAUUCUUAAGAUGUGCCAACAUAGACUUGUGUAACCUAUACAGAUGAAAUUAAAAGUUCAUAGUAAGAAAAAAAUAGGCUUAACUAAUUCUAUAUUUUUCUAAAGAGAGAGUACUACAUAAUUGAGGGAGAAGACAUUGAACUGUGUAAAUUAUGAAUGAGAAGGUUCUAUGUUGUGUGUCUUUAUAAGAGGUCCCUUGGGUGAGCACCUGUUGUGUUUCAUUUUAAUCCAAAAUCAUUUGGAUGCCUUUUGUCAGGGGCAAGGGAGGAAAUAAUCUUUGCUAUCUAGUAAAAAGAUACUUGGUGUUCUAUUCUUUUGAGGUUCAUGACACUGUAAAUUAUACAGUUAUAACUGAGUUCUUUUUAGUUGAUUGGAUGCUUCUUUUUUCUUUUCUUUUCUUUUUUUUUUUUUUUUUUUUUUUUUCCUCAAUAUUUUGUAGCUACUAUAGUUAGCAGCUUUAUCUCCCAUCUACCAGGUUGAGCAUCCUUAAUCCAAAGUUCAAUAUCUGGACCAGGCACAGUGAGUGGCACACACCUUUAAGGUCAGAACUCAGGAGGCAGAGGGAGGUAGAUCUCUGUGAGUUCAAGGCCAGCCUGGUCUACAUAGUAAGUUUCAGGCUAGCCAGCACUACAUAGUGAGACCCUGUCCUGAAAAAACAAAACGAAAACAGCAGCAACAAAAAUAAUAAAAUCCAUUAUUCAAAAUGCUCCAGAAUCUAAAUUUUUUGACUGACAGUAAGACACAAUUGGAAAAUUCUAUCAUUUCGUGCAACAUGAAUUUCAGGGACAAUGUAAAUAGCGUAUAAAACUACUUGAAACUACUGAAUAAUGUGUAUCAAGUAAGUGCACUCUGUGGUUAGUCUUGGGUCCCAUCCACAAGGUGUGUAUGUAUUCCAAAAUCUGAAAGCAGAAUCUAAAAUCUGAAACAUUACUUUUGGUUCCAAGCAAUUUGGAUAGUGAUACUCAACCUGUAAAUAAUUUUCUAAUGUUUUCAAGUUUGAUAAAUCUUUAAAUACAAACAGAACUACUGAAGUAUACAUAGUCAUUUAUAUUUUUAUAUUUUUGGCUAAGUGGGAGGGAAAUAUAUCCAUCUAGAGGGGAUAAACUGGUUUCACUUAUUCAUUGUCUUGUUUUACUGCCUCAGUUCUGUAAACUGACAACCAAAAGAAGCUGGUGUAAAAAUCCUUUGUUAGCAAUCACUUGUCAAUAAAUCACAUCCAUGACUUAUUGACAAGAAGAAAUGCCUUCAGUAGAAGAAAUAGGUGUGUUAGCCUCACUAAUAAUAAAAGUUGUAUUAUUAAUUACAGACAUCAUGGUAAAAUCUAAAUUAUUAGUGUCACUAGGUAGAUAAUAGCAUUUUCAUUAUUUCCUAAACUAAAGAGACAUUUCUUAAAUAAAAAUACUUGUAAAGGAAAACCCGGCAUAUGAUUAAAAAUAAUACAUCACUUAUGGACAUCCUUAGUUUUAGAAUUGAGUUUGCAAAGUCAAAUAAAACAAUGCUGGGAGUCCAGCUCACUGCCUGAUGUGCACAAGGCCCUGGGCUCUCUGGCUUCGAUCCUUGGCCCCAAAAUUAAUAAACCAACUAAAUCCUUAUUAGAAAUAAAUCUUCCAGUGGUGGAGUGAAAAGCUUUCCAACAAUUGUUAUCCUUCCACAAGUUAUUCCAGUUGCUUCUGUUUAAAUCUAAGCAAAGGAAAACAAACCUGUCUCAAACUGAGUUAUCUCUUGAACAUUAAGACCUGAAACAGCAUGUAUGAAAAUGUUCUAGGUGUAUCUUGGGAGCCAGUGUUUUUCCUGAGUUGCUGUCAAUUGUUAGGAGGUAAGAAAAUUGAUUAUUAAUAAAUAGAAGAUUUAUAACAUAA